AUGUUGGCUUGGCUGAGCUUGAUCUCAUUUGUCGCCUUGGUCGCAGCACAAUCAAGAACCAGAAUACCUUGUGGACUGCCGCCAUUCGUCACGAAACUGCCAGCGAAGCAAGCGGAACAGCUGAGGGAGGCAUGGGCCAAUUACCAGAAUGGAACUUCAUGUGUGAAUGAACAAAAAAGGACUUUCGAAAUCGUCGCCUCGCUCACUGAGGCGGAACGUGCCGCCGUUUUUGAGUUCAGGGUGGAACCAGUUGCAGUAAAAAUGCGUUCAGUUGACGACCAUUUUGACACAACUCCACGCUUCAUCAAAAUGCUCUCAUCAGAAAUAAAAGAAGGAUUCGAUGCUAUCUGGAUGAAUAGCACCAUUCCUGAUGCUGACAAGCAUAAGCGACUUCGAGAAUAUGUCGAGAAGAACUUUAACGCCGAGCAAAAGGAAGGCUUUGAGGAAUGGCUAGCCGAGAUAAUCAAAGCAAAGAAGGCUAUGGAUGAAAGGAUCAGCACCCUUAGCGCGAAGUCGCAGCAGGUUUAUCAUAAAUUGAUGAAGGUAAAAAGCUUUUUCGUUCUUAUAGAAGAGUCAAGGUCAAUGUAA